AUGGAACCAACUGUAAUAUAUGUAAAACAAGUGCUUGAUAUCAUAAGCAAGGCGAGCAAUAAGGGUAUAAAAGGAAUUGCACACAUACCGGGUGGCGGGUUCAUAGAUACCAUCUCUCGUGUUUUCGGUAUAGGGCUUAGUGCUCUUGUUUAUAGCGAAUCUUGUUCGGUUCCCCCUGUUUUUAAAUGGAUCCAAAAGGCUGGAGGGAUUGAAGAUGGUGAAAUGAAAAGGACUUUUAAUAUGGGAAUUAGGAUGGUUUUGGUUGUUAGUAAACAGGUUUCUGAAAGGGUAGUUAAGGAAGAAGGUGAGAUGGUGUAUUGUGUUGGUGAAGUCUUUUCAGAUUCUCCACGUGAUUCAGUUCAAUUUAUUGAAUGGUCACAUUCAUCUUGCCCUCGUGCCUUGCCAGUUGAUUGUAAGCCUGGAGAAGCAUACAAUCAGGUUGUUGAAGUUGAUGUUAAAGUUGAAGAACCAGGAAAAGACAACGUUCACAACAACGCAUUCUACACACAAGAAACAUUGCUUAAAUCCGAAUCACAAGCAAUGCGGGAUUGUAAUCUGUUAUCUGCUCGCCAUUUGAUCUUAAAUGGUCAUAAGUCUCACACUGUGAACAUUCUUGUCAAUAAUGCUCCUGGAGUUCUCAACCUGGUCACCGAAGUAAUAUCCAUAAAGGGUUACAACAUCAAGGUUGGUGGUGGUAGCAGCAGGGGACAAAAUGCACCCACCAGAUUUUAUGGUUCUUUGCACAUCACAGCUGGUAAACGAAUUAAUGUGAUUUAG